AUGGAAAAGAGAAAUCAAUCAACAAUUACAGAAUUUCUCCUCUUGGGAUUUGGAAACCUCCACAACUUCAAGAUUUUAGUUUUUACUUUGUGUUUGAUCAUCCACAUCAUGGCUUUGACAGCAAAUUAUCUGGUAAUUGUCCUGGUUGGGGUCACAAAGAGCCUCCAUUCCCCCAUGUACUUCUUCCUCAGCCAGUUGUCCUUGUCGGAGAUUCUGUUCACAAGUAACAUUGUGCCCAACAUGUUAUGGCUGAUACUGAAGGGAGGAGGAAAAGUAUCAGUUAUCCGGUGUUUAUUCAAGUUCUACUUAUUGAGUGUUCUAACGGUUGCUCAGUGCUUUCUAUUGGCAGCUAUGUCCUUUGAUCGGCAUGUGGCCAUCUGUAGACCAUUACACUAUGCAACCAUUAUGACCUUCACACAUCAGCUUCAGAUGAUCAUCUCCUGCUGGUUGUUAGGUUUCACCUUGGCCCUUUUUGUAUACAUUUUCUUGAGCAAGCUAAAUUUUUGUGGCCUGGACACCAUCAAUCACUUCUACUGUGACAUUGCUCCUGUUCUGCAAUUGUCCUGCUCCAGUACUUCUUCUGUAGAACUAGUCCUUGCUCUGAUAGCAUUUCCCGUCCUUUUAUUACCAUUCAUGUUUAUCAUAGUCACCUACAUUUCCAUCAUUCAGACCAUCCUCAGAAUUCCCUCCAGCACUGGAAGACACAAAGCCUUCUCCACCUGCAGCUCCCACCUUAUCAUUGUGUGCAUGUACUACGGGACACUGUCAUCCAUUUAUAUCUUCCCACCAAGAGAUAAUUCCAUAAAUCUGAACAAAGGUCUAUCUGUUCUAUACACACUGGUGACUCCAUUGUUUAACCCUUUAAUCUACUGCUUGAGAAACCAGGAUAUUAGAGGCGCCAUUUUCAAAUACAUUCAAUAUUUAAAGCUGCGUAAAGCAAUGGACACCUAG